AUGUCUGACGAAACGGCCGCCAAAUUUGAAACCGCCUCCGAUCUCCCACCGUCCCUGGACGCUGCCGCCUCUCAGAUGGUGCAGUACGCCGGAACCUGCGUCAAACUCGAGACGGAUGAAGCAACCAAGCAAGACAAAAGCCGACUCGACUGGGGGUCUCUCAAGAACUCCGUGGAUAAUUAUGGAGGCAUCGACCUCGCUUUUUCGUCUUACAAAGAAUUCACCAUCUCUCGUAGCGAAAUCGAUCUCAGUACGAUGGUACACAGGAUCGUGGAGUCCUUCACCGGGAACUUCAAUAUCUUCGGACACGUUACCACGUUGCUCCAGACUACCAUUGAGAACGCAUUUACCAACCUGGAAGAAGAAUCCUCGAAUGAAUUUUUGGAUUUCAGCAAGUCUGCUGGCGGGCAAGGUUCAUUUUGGGAAUAUCGUGUUCAAAUCGCGGUCCCGAACCCGAGUUCGCCCAGUUCCUUCCACAGUUUGAUCACUACCAUCAAGCUGGAGGCAGAUGUGUCUGAAAUGAGUGAUUGGUGGGGUCUGACAGGCUCCUCGACAAAGAACUUUUCCGCCACGCUGAAUGGAAUGAAGCUCGAGGUGGAAGAAGGCUUCAAGAACGAAUAA